GUAAAUCGCGAGAUUUUCCGAGAUGUAACAUGUCUGCGCCCAUGAGAGGUCAGAAACGGGAAUGAGCAAAAGGAGGAUCUUUGAUAACUCGAGUAAUUUUUACACAGACAUCGAAAGGAAUUAAAAUGAGCCUAAGUAAAGACAAAGGAGACCAGAAUCCACUGGAGAAGGCGCUCGCUGCCUACCUCAAGGCUCUGCAUACCAAACCAUUGUUGACUAAAGCUGUAACAAGUGGCGUCAUUGCAUCAAUUGGAAGUCUUGCAUCACAGCUGAUUGUUCCCAAUCCUCAGAAUGGAGGCAAAAUUGUGUGGAGAAGUGUGGCAGCUUAUGCAGCAUUUGGAUUUGUGGUCAGUGGUCCCUUAAUUCACAAAUUUUACAUUUUGCUGGACAAAAUAAUGCCACCAAAGAAAGAGAAAACAGCUAUUGAUGGAAUCAAGCGAGUGAUUGUGGACAGAUUGAUUUUCGCACCACCCUUCCUGUUGUUGUUUUUAUAUGUGAUCACGAUUUUAGAGGGUCAAGGACACCAUGCAGCUAUAGCCAGAAUUAAGGAAUCCUUCUGGCCCGUCUAUAAGUUAAAUCUACAGGUGUGGACCGUGUUUCAAUAUGUGAAUAUCAACUAUGUACCACCAAAGUAUCGUGUUUUAUUUGGGAAUGUGUUAGCCUUAGUCUGGUCUAUAUUUGUGGCCUCAAAGAGAAGGAAGAUGGCACUAGCUGCCAAACAGUAAAAGUACGAAGAGGAUAGGUCUACUCUACAUUCCAUCAUCACCAUUAGACGUUAUUAACCAGGGCAGAUAGGGUUCCCCUUUUUGAUUACAUGUAUUACCAAUAUUUGUUACAUUUUAUGCUGGUUAUAGGACAGUAUUAUUUUAUAAUUUUUGGAAGAUGUAAAAAUCAUGUUUUAUAGAACAUUAUUUUGAUCUUUAACUGAGAAUGUUUGCUAAAUUGAUGCAUGAAGGUUGCCUGGGUGCAUUAUUUUGCAGAUGGUAUUUGAUGGGAAAUAUAAAUGUUAAUGAUAGAUGAGUAACAUGAAGUAAUGUCUGUUUAGUCCACACUGAGCAAAAAAGUAAAAUAUAUUAUGUCCCUUUGCAAGAUCAACCAAAAAUUCAAGUCAAAGAGGGAAGAAUAUUAAUUUCUCUUCUUUUCACUAAUGCUACUAAACAUGUAGACAAAAUGCAGUAAAUAAACAUUCUAUUACCCAUUAUUUUUUUUAUUACAUGUUUUUUGGUACAACCCUAUCCUGAGAAAAAAUCAAAAUAGAAAAUGCAAAUAACAUUAACAAGGAUAAAAACCAGAUGGUUUCAAAUGUUACUUUGAGAAUUUUUUGUUUUGUUUUGAACAUCUUAUUGUUUAAUUCAUAUAAAAGGAUUGUUUACAAGAAUUCAAUAGAUGGCAUCCAAGGGACAUAAUUUUUGAAAAUUGCAUUUUCAUCUAUUAUAAUAAGAUUUGUGCCUCACACUUAAUACACAUAUCUUUAACCUUUAAUAGGUUCUGGGAAUCUACAGAUAUAUAUAUAUUUUUAAUUUUCUUUUGAUUUUGUUAUUUUUUGGUUUAGAUUUAUUGUUUGUUUUGUUCCGUUUUUUUUUUCUUUUCUUUCUUUCUUUUUUUUUCUUUUGCAGCAAUGAAUAACUUUUCCUCAAAGUGAAAUCCAUUUAUUCUAUUUUGAUGUACUCUGUUCAGGUUUAUUUACUUCAAGACAUAAAUAAGCACUUUUGUUAGAAAAAAGGUUAACACAGUGGAACGCAGUUAUGGACUGAUGAAUAUAUUUUUAUUGUUUCAUGGUUAGUGUAUAAAUACCAGUAUAUUGUAUGCUUAACUAAUCAUGAAAUGAUUUUUAAGUGUUUAUUCGAAUAAUGUUAUAUUUUAAAAUUUGUAUUCAAAUGCAAUUUACAAGUGUAUUGAUUGAUUUUAUGCAUUCAACUAUAUGUGAUUUUAUAUAAUUAUAGCAGGGACCUAUUUACUGUUUAAUAGUAUAAAGUCCCUGAUUAUAGGUUUAAAUGCAAAGUUAAUUUUGUAUAAAUCUAGAGAAUGUUAUAAAUUAAAAUAAGAUAUCAUAAA